AUGUCAAACAGAAAUUGUCAGUCGAUGUCAGUAUUGAAAAUUUAACGUAAAAUUUAUGUGGAAUUUGGUUCAUAUUUUGGCGACAUAAUGUAAAUAGUAAGUUGUGUGUAUUAUUGAUAGAGGUUACUUUGCCUCUCGUUUCAUUCCUGCUGUUGUGAAAAUAUGGGAACAUGGAGGAAGAUUCCGAAAUCUUGUACCCAGAUCCAGGGUUAUGGACAAAGACCUCGCUCAUCCAGUUGUACUACGGGAUAUUGGUUAACCUAACAUCGGUCACUUUCGGUAUAGCUUUCAGCUUUUCGUCUGUCAUGGUGCCACAACUGCUGACAGUCGAUCCAAAAAUUAUAACAUCAAUGACGGAAGAGUCGUUGAUAGUAAGUGUAUUGCCUUUAACCACGAUGAUUGGUAACGUAAUUAGCGGCUUCCUAAUGGAUACUCACGGGCGACGGCUGACGCUGAUCAUCUGCGAAGUACCCAUGAUUAUCGGAUGGUUCAUUAUCGGGUUUGCAACUACUGCCAUCGAGUUAAUUAUUGGUAGACUUAUACUUGGCUUGGGGUGUGGCAUGGGCAUGAUUCCUCCUCGAGCGUAUGUCACUGAGAUAUCACUGCCUAAUAUGAGAGGUGUGAAUGGUUCCUUUUCCAGCGUCGGUAUUGCUCUUGGAGUUAUUUUACAGGCGAUUUUCGGUGCAUUUAUGAAAUGGCCUAGUUUGGCAUGUCUUAAUGGUUUCUAUAGCGUCGUUUUGGUGCUUCUCGCCUUCAUAUUUCCGGAGACGCCAUAUUUUCUUUUGAUGACGAGCACGCCUGAGAAAACUAAAAUGACUUUAAGGAAGUUCAGAUCUGUACACUACAAUAUCGAAGCAGAAAUGGAUACGUUAUUGGAAUUCAAGUCGGAUAACAGACUUCGUAGAUUAAGUCUACAUGAGCAGAUGCAGAUGUUGUUCAGUAAAUCCGCUUGUAAACCAUUCUCGAUGAUAGUCACUUACAUAAUAAUAUCACAGUUAGUUGGCAUUAAUCUUCUACUAAUGUGGACGAUCGAGAUGUUGGAUAAAUCUAAAUCGAGCGUUGACCCCGAUGCUGGCAAUAUUGCACUAGCUAUAGUAAGGCUUCUCGUUGGCAUCGGUACUUCUUUUUUAAUGCUGAAAGUGGGUCGAAAAAUUUUGGCAUUAGUAUCGAGUUUGGGCGUGUUCGUUGUGUGUUUAUUCUUUGGGAUAUAUAUAAGUUACAAUACUCAACAGAGCGUAUUGCCCUUUGUCUUCUUUAUGCUUUAUGUUAUAGUUGCAAGCAUUGGUUAUUAUCCUCUGCCCAUGCUUCUAAUUUUUGAACUGUCACCUUUGCAAAUUCGUGGCGUAAUUGGAGGUCUGGGAAUAGCAACAUUAAAUGGUACAACGUUUGCCGUUAACGCAUUAUAUCUACCUAUUUGCAGUCUUAUUGGAUUUGCUAAUGUAACACUAGGAUUUAGUAUAUUUUCUUUAAUAGGUGCCUUAUACGUCUACUUCUAUUUGCCGGAGACAAAGGAUUUGACGCUGCAAGAGAUCGAAGAGUUCUUCAACGAGAGACGUCCUACAUUGACGUCACAACGUCGUAUUCGCUCGAUGAUGGCGUUGUCGCGUCAGCUCGGCAGUGCAGAGAGCAGAUCCCUUAUGAGAAUCAAGUCCAAGAGCUUUAACAGAUAAGAUCCAAGCAACGUGUUGCAUCCGGAGCUUCCUUAGAUAAAUACUGGUUGACAAUUUCGAUGGGUAUCUUACGAGUCAUCUUUACAGUUGUUGGAUUAAUUUUGUACAGAAAAUUUGGAACACGCAUGCUUACUUUUUUCUUAGCUAUUAGUUGCGAUUCAAUCGAUGGUGUGAUCAGUGUACAUGUACCUCGUAUUGGAAGGACAACCUGCAGACUGUGCACUCCUGGAUACCAGUCGCCAGUAUCUACGUGUUCAUGAUCUUCUGUACCCUGGGCUAUCUGAUCGUGCCCUGGGUUAUGAUAGGACAAUUGGCAUCUUAUGGUCGAAUUCUAAAACAAAUUUCAAACACUUCGCUUCGUAAGCUCCGUUUACAAUCUGUCAGAAUCAAGAUUACUACUGUGGAAGCACCAAAAUGUCAAAGAACAGCACAACCUUGAAGUAAUAGAAAGAAUUCUGAUAAGUAGAUACAUACUCAAAGUUCAAUAUAGUUAUUUUAUGUAUAGAAUUUCUUACGGCGAUGUAGACAUUAUUAGGGUCGGUUCUUUUGCGUGUGGCUAAAUCAUGGAACAUUCUGUACAAUAUUUUGAUGUACUUUUAUAUUUUAAAAUAAUAGUAAUAGUUUACAUUAUGUAUACAUUUAUAUUUUGGAGUAAUGAUUUUUUUUUCCAUUAGGAAGUUAUUGUUAUACAAUUUGUGUAUGUGUAAACGAGAUUAUUUAUGUUUAUCAAGAUAUUAUUAAAUAAUACCUGAAGUUUAUUUUUGAAACGAUUGGACUUAUUUUGACUGGAAAGUAGAUGCACGCGGAAAUAUUAUAGACGACCAUUUUUCUCUAAUUCGGCGCUAAUGUAAUUUGCGGGCAAAAGUUGGUUAUACAAUAAAAGGGGUUAACAAUUUUUUUUUUAAUAUUAGUGCUAUUUAAAAAUUCUAGACAAAGUUAUAAAUUUAUUUAAGUUCUAUUUGUUUUAUAGAAAAAAGUUGUAUUUUUUUAAGGCAGCUUGUUCUUGAAAUGUAAUUAAAUCAAUGUGUAGUGUCAUAUAUUACAUGUCUCCUGUUAUUAUUUACAUUAUGCCAGUUGCAUUCCAACGCCAAUUUUUAAGUCUAGGGUCCUAUUUUACUGCAGUACUGCACAGCAGGCUGUCAAUUAACUUGCAUGCAUUUAUAAAUUGUUGUAUCAAAGAUUUGACAAGUUAAAUAAAUAAAUUACAGUAACUGUA